AUUACCUAAUGAGCUGCCUCGUGCUGUGGAGCGCUGUAGCAUGAUGUCAUGUGGACACACUCGUACCCAGUAUUUGUCCCAGACGCUCAGAACGGAGUCGUAACUGCAGCUGCAGCCUCGGUCCUCAUCAAACCUGAGCCAUGGCUGCUGGCUGCCUCUUCCUCCUGCUGCUGCUGCUGCCUCUGGCCUCUACUCAGACCUAUCACUGGGGUCCUUGUCCUUCUCCACAAGUGCAGCCCAACUUCAAGCUUGAACAGUAUGUGGGUAGGUGGUAUGAGAUCGCUAAGCUCCCCGCUCCCUACACCAAAGGAAAGUGCAUCGAGACUGACUACGGAAUCAGGAAAGACGGCACCAUCCAAGUGCGCUAUGCUCGCUUCCAUAAAGACAAGAUGAGGCGGGCUGAGGGGACAGCGAUCAUCACGGAUGCAAGAGAACCGGCCAAACUUGGAGUCAGUUACUCGUAUUUUACUCCCUACAGCCCACACUGGGUUCUGACAACAGACUACACCAGCGUGUCUGUCGUGUACAGCUGCGAGGACUAUUUCCGCGUCUUUCACGUCGACUACGCCUGGAUCCUCGGCCGCUCUCGAUUCCUGCCGCCGGACACUGUGCGUUACGCACAAGACGUGCUGAUCAAAGAAGGCGUGGACCUGUUCAGGAUGACGGCCACAGACCAGACGGGCUGCAAGGAGGACUAGGAACAUCCGAUCCCUGCAGCAGAGAGAGGAAGAGAAAAAAAGAACGCGUGUCAACAAUCUAUUGGAAAAAUGUCCAGUUUAAAUGAUGAUUUGACAAACUCUCUGGAACUCACAUACUGUCCUUCUACACAAUUCUUGUUAGUAUGAUCGUUUUUAACCGUUGCUCAUCUACAGUGUGCAUUGCUCCCGCAACAUAAACCUAUAUACUAAAUUACAUUCUUUAAUACUGUACUAUAGUGCUGCUCCCCCCCCAAUUUAUGAAUUUCCAGAACUCCAAAGUACAGUACAGUAUAUGUGCACCUACAGAUAAAACUGUGUGUGGGGGAUGUUCUUCCGCCUGAAACGUCUCUGAAUAAACAGUAUAAUGUAAGGAA